AAACUCAUCUGUACUCAGAGACCGUUCUCAGAUCGAACAGUCCGGAGUUGAGUUCAGAGCCGCUCGAGCUGUUGUGCGGACUCGACAUUCCAUCGCUACUGGGACUUCAAGCAGUCAACCCCGUUUUUGUGCACGUACACACACACCCACCAACCAACCAACACACGCCACUAUCUAUCCGUCAUACAUUUAAAAACAUACAAAAAGUACAUAUUUUUUACAUUCACAUCGAUCUAAUUUCCUUAACCAACCGCAAACAUGUCCGACGAUGAGGAACAAUACUCGGGUAGGGCGUCCCAAAAGGACUCCGGGGAGAAUCCUGAAUUUAUGAAGAGGCAAGAACAGAAGAGAAGCGAUCUCGAUGAACAACUUAAGGAAUACAUCGCGGAAUGGAGAAAGCAAAGAGCCAAGGAAGAGGAGGAGCUCAAACGGCUCAAGGAAAAACAAGCUAAGCGCAAGAUCACUCGCGCUGAUGAGGAAAAAAGAUUGGCUCAGAAGAAGAAGGAAGAGGAGGAACGUCGUCAACGUGAAAUUGAGGAAAAGAAACAACGCGACAUAGAAGAAAAGAGACGACGCCUCGAGGAAUCUGAAAAGAAACGUCAAGCUAUGAUGCAAGCGAUGAAGGAUCAAGCAAGCAAGAAAGGACCUAACUUUACCAUUACCAAGAAGGACCUCGCGGGUAAUCUUUCAUCCGCCCAAUUGGAACGCAACAAGACGAAGGAACAACUCGAGGAAGAGAAAAAGAUAUCUUUGAGUAUUCGUAUCAAACCAUUAGAAAUUGAGGGUUUGUCGAUCGAUAAAUUACGUUACAAGGCCACCGAACUAUGGGAUGCUAUCGUUAAACUAGAAACCGAGAAGUACGAUCUCGAGGAGAGACAAAAACGUCAGGAUUACGAUCUCAAAGAGUUGAAGGAACGUCAGAAACAACAGUUGAGGCAUAAGGCUUUGAAGAAAGGACUCGAUCCUGAGGCUCUUACUGGCAAGUAUCCACCGAAGAUCCAAGUUGCAUCGAAAUACGAACGUCGCGUUGAUACCAGGUCCUACGAUGACAAAAAGAAACUUUUCGAGGGUGGUCUGACCGAACAGCAAAAGGAAAUCAUGGAAAAACAAUGGACCCAACAAAAAGAACAGUUCCUUGGUCGUCAAAAGACGAAAUUGCCGAAAUGGUUCGGCGAGAGGCCCGGAAAGAAAGCUGGCGAUCCAGAAUCACCGGAAGGUGAAGAAGAUGUCAAAGCUGCGGCUGAUGACGACCUGGAGGAACCACAAUUCGAUGAAGAAGAAGAGGAGGAGGAAGAGGAGGAGGGUGAGGAGAAGGAAGAAGGCGAAGAAGAGGAAGAGGAAGAGGAGGAAGAGGAGGAAGAAGAGGAAGAAGAGGAGGAGGAAGAGGAAGAAGAAUAA